AUGAUCGAGUUCAUCUUCAGUACAGAACCUCUGCAUCAGAUUCAGCUAAAAUGGAAGCCUUGUCUUUACCAGUCUAAGUCCUUUCAGAAGAGUUUUUCCCUAAACUUCACCCUGCCGGCUAACACGACUCCCUCCCCAGUUGUUACAGGUGGGAAAGAAGCAGACUGUGGGCCUUCUGUUGGGUUGGCAGCAGGUAUCCCAUCCCUGGUGGCCACAGCCUUGCUAGUGGCUUUCUUAUUGACCUUGAUUCAACGGAGAAGAAGAAGUAAUGACUCAGUUGAGGAACAUGAGAAACCAUGUGAAAUUUCAGACAUCUUUGACAAUCCCAAGAUAUCUGAGAAUCCUCGACGGUCACCCACACAUGAUAAUAUAAUGGCGACAGAAGAAGGCCACAUAUACGUGAAGACUGUAGCAAGAAGUGAGGAGCCCAUGGGUGACACUUACCGUCGUCCUCCUGUAGAAAUGGAGAGAAGACGGGGGUUGUGGUGGCUUAUACCCAGGCUGAGCCUAGAAUGA